AAGCAGGUGUUACUGAGGACGUUUUGUGCCUGACCCCAGCAGGUCUGCUCUCUCCCGGGGCCCAGAGCAGAGAGACGGCCUGCGGAGCUCGCCCUGCCCCCAACCACGUGGGAAAGGGAAACAGAAAAAGGAGAACCAGUAGCAGCCACUCGACUUCCCUCACCUCUCGAUCGUGGGACCUGACUGAGCAGCGGAAAGCAGCUGCAGGGGAGGACACGGUCACAGGGGAGCUUUCAGCCACGGUCUAAUCACAUUGGGUAGUUUGUUUUUUUUCAGGGCCACACCUUGUGUCACACCACAUGCAGGUUCCCAGGCUAGGGGUCCAAUCGGAGCUACAGCUGCAGCUGCUGGCCUACAGCACAGCCACAGCAACUCUGAGCUGCGUCUGCGACCUACACCGAAGCUCACGUCAACGCUGGAUCCUUAACCCGCUGAUCGAGGCCAAGGACUGAACCUGCAUCCUCAUAGAGACUGGGUUCUUAACCCGCUGAGCCACAACAGGAAUUCCCAAUACUGAGGGCCUGGCAGGGGCCGCCAUGGGGUCUGUGAGCUCCCGAGGUCACAGGGCGGAAGCCCAGGUGGUGAUGAUGGGCCUGGACUCGGCGGGCAAGACCACCCUCCUGUACAGACUAAAGGGCUACCAGCUGGUGGAGACGCUGCCCACCGUGGGUUUCAACGUGGAGCCUUUGGAGGAGCCUGGACAUAUGUCUCUGACUCUCUGGGACGUCGGGGGACAAAGCCAGCUCAGGGCCAGCUGGAAGGACCACCUGGAGGGCACAGACGUCCUCGUGUAUGUGCUGGACAGCACAGACGAAGCCCGCUUGCCUGAGGCGGUGGCUGAGCUCAGGGAGGUCCUGGACGACCCCAGCGUGGCCAGUGUCCCCCUCCUGGUGCUGGCCAACAAGCAGGAGGCGCCCCAGGCCCUGUCACUGCCGGAGAUCAGAGACCGCCUGGGCUUGCAGGGCUUCCUGGGGCGCUCCUGGGACCUGCGGGCCUGCAGCGCCCUCACCGGCGCGGGGCUGCCCGAGGCCCUGGAGAGCCUAAGGAGCCUCCUGAAAUCCCGCCGCCCCUGCAUGGCCAGGUGAGUGCAGGUGGGCAGAGAGUGGAAGUCCUGACCUGGGCACAGCAUGGGGACCGGAAGCAUGGGGACCGGAAGCCCGUGGGGACCGGAAGCCCCGCGAAUCUCGGGGCAUCUCAAAUUCGGUUUAUCACACAAGGAAUCCCCCUGCGCUUGGACAGAAUAUUUUCGUCUUGGGCCUUAUUGUCACCAGUAUUUAUACUGAAAAUCAAGUAUUCUUUGCAUAAUGUUACUCUAAGGAAAAUCACAUACGUCAACAUAGUUCAUUUAGUAAAAACUGAACUGUGGUAACAGAACCUGUGGUUGCAGAACAGUUCAGACAAAUUCACAGAGGGACAGAGGUUUCAAAAUCAAGUCAGCAUCUCACCUGGACAAGGUCACGGUCUUAUUUGUGAUUUCCCUGGUAGCCCCCGGGUAUGCGCCACCAUCACUCUGAGAGCAGGCGGCCAGGGCCGGCAGGAUAGAGUCGGCUUCUGCGGAAUCUUGGGUUUAGAGGUUCGCUGGGGCGCUCAGCCCCAGCAGAGGCCGGGAGUUCAGGCCUUGCAAAACUGAUCUUCUUCUCUGACCCCAAUUAAACCCUUCUCCAACUUUU